AUGAUAUAAAGUUCCACUCGUAACCGUUCUGAACAACUAAUUUAUUAAAGAAGACAACAAGAAUAAUAAGUGGGCAAGUUGAGCACUAAGUUAAGAUAGGAGCAAUAUGAAAAAACCUUUGCGGCUUGGGAGAAUAAGGGAAAGGAUGUUGCCAAUUAGUAAUACAUGAAGAAUAGGUUUGCAAAAUAUUAUAUAAAAAGACUGCAAUAGAUAAGAGCUGAGGCUGAAGAACAUAAAGGCUAAAGGAAAUAAAAAUUGGCUGCUUUGUUAAAUGUUGAGCAUGAAUAAUAUCAACAAGAAAUCAAAGCAAUGGUUGAGACUCCAGAGUAGGUUAAGGAGAGAAUGAUGAAAGAGGUUGCGGAAUUGAAACAAAGAAAGGAAAUUGAGAGAUCUAAGUAGGCAGAUGCAGCAUAUGAACGAAGAUUUAGAGAUAAUGCAGAUGAACUCAGAUUAGUAAACUAGCAAUUUAAUGAAUAACAAGCUGUUGCUUACAGAAACAUGUAGAUGAUGGAAAAGUAGAAAAUGUUAGAAGACUAAUAUGAAGAGGAAAUGAUUUAUGCUGAAUUAUACAGAAGAGAAAUUGUAAAGAAGGAGAGAUUAGAAAAGGAAAAAGAGAUUUAAUAGAAAGCUAAAGUAGAUGAAAGGAACAAAGUUUUAGGUAUUCAGGCUUCCAUGAAUGUCAAUAAGUUUUAAAGAAUCAAGGAAGAAAUUGAACAAGAGAAAUAGAUGCUUAGAGAAGAAUGGAAGAGAGAAGAGGAGAGACAUAAAUAAAGAGAGCAUUAAUAUUUGAAUUAUAAAAAGGAAAUUAAUUAAGAAAUUGCGUUAAAUAAUGAAUAAUAAAAAGAAUAUAAAAAAUAAAUAAAGUAAGAAGAGAGGAAAUAAGAUAAAGAAAUGAUCCAGUAAGUCUUAGAGAGAGAAGAAGCCAUUGCUAGAAUGGAAUAGGCUGAAAAACAAAGAUAAAAAGAAGAAACUAGAUAAUUUCUACUUAAUUUUAAAAACAGAACAAAUGAAUAUAGUGUAAAUGAUUAACUGAAGGAAAGGUUGAUCAAUGAAGAGAAUACUCGUUAAUGGGAAAAUAAAGAGGCUAAAUGGAAGGCUGAAGAUGAUGCUAGAGUUAAAUUAAUGUAUGAGGUCUAUGCUUAGAGAGCAGAGAAUGUAGAGUUAAAGAAGAAAAUAAUCGAAGAUGAAAAAAAUAUUAAAUAGUAAGAUAAGGUGGAAUUAUUACGAUAGUUGGAUUUAUAUUAAAAAGAAUUGGAAGAAAAGUAAAGAAUGGAAUAAGAAAAAAUUAUGCAAACUAAAAACAAUUUGUUGAAUCAAAUGGAUGAGAAGAAACAAAGAUAAUAAAUGUUAAGAGAUAAAAAACUACAAGAAGAGGAAGCACUUCGUAGGUAAAAGGAAGAGUAUGAGAAAAAAAUAGAAAUGGAAAAAGCAAAAGGACGUGCUUUGCUUGAUGAUCUUAGAAAAUAAAGACCUUAUUGAAAUAUUAUAAUCAAUUCAAGUAUAUUAUUUUUAGAGGCUUUUGUC